UGCGUAGUGUCCUAAGAUAAAUUAUUCGUCUUAGUUGCGCCGUGAUAAACGAAGGAAAUUCUACGGUCUUGUUUCGUUUGUGAAAAAAGAUAAAAUGAACAUGUGUAGAUAUUAUACGACCAAUUCUUCUUAUUCUUGAGGUAGAAAUUAAAAUUUUUUCAAAUCACGCACGAAGUGAAAUCCGCUUUCACGCCCGAUCACGAAAUCACGAGUUUCUCGAUGUUCUUUUGCUAUCGCGACAGCCAUAUUCGAAGGUAGCGCCACCCGGUAAUCAUUUGGCGAAUUAGAAUCGAGGUCGAAAUUCUUAAAUGUCGGAUACAUUAGAAUUUACCAUCAUUACGAAUUUGAUACUUCGAGUUCACGCGUAAUCCGAGUAACAAUGAGAUAUAUCGUUGCGCUCGACGUGGGCACCACUACUGUUCGUUGUCAUAUUAUCGACGAAAACGCCAACACCGUUUCCUCAUCGACCGAAAAGGUGGAACUCAUUGGUGAAAAACGUGGUCACGUAGAGAUUAAGCCAGACCAUUUAUGGACUAUUAUAGUGAAAACUGUAAAAGAUGCGAUAGACGUCAGUGGAGUCGAUCCAAGUUCUUUUGCGUGUUUUGGAAUUUCCGCUCAGCGUGGAACUUUUAGUUGUUGGAAUUUAUUGACUGGAAAACAUUAUCAUAAUUUCAUAACAUGGAAAGAUUUAAGAGCGGAUUCUAUGGUCAAGGAAUGGAAUCAUUCAAUAAUGAUAAGAGGAUUACGCAUAGUUGCUUAUAUUCUCUACAUAUUAUCUAAAAGCAAACGUUUUCUCGCUGGCAGUGUUUUGAAAUUUAUGAAUACUCAGAUCACCUUACGAUUGCUUUGGGCUUUACAACAUGUAUCAGGUCUACGUGAAGCCACUAUAAAUGACUCAGUAGCAUUUGGCAGUAUCGAUUGCUGGCUUUUAUACAAAUUAACUGGUAGACAUAUAACAGAUGUUUCGAGCGCAUCUGCUACUGGACUGUUUGAUCCAUUUACUAUGAAAUGGGCUACUUGGAUAUUUAGUUUAUUAAAAAUUCCGUCCCACAUUUUUCCGAAGAUCGUUGAUACAACUACAAAUUUUGGUGUUACACCAAAACAUAUAUUUGGCGUUGAAAUUCCUAUAGUUUGUUGCAUGGCUGAUCAAGCAGCUUCUUUAUUUGGUUCAGGAUGCUUUCAACCAGGCGAUAUGAAGAUUACGAUGGGUACAGGAACUUUUGUGAACGUAAAUACUGGAACAGAACCACAUGCAACUAUUACUGGUCUUUAUCCUCUGGUUGGUUGGCGCAUGGGAUCUGAAUUAGUUUACAUUGUAGAAGGUGCAUCGAAUGAUACUGGAAUUCUCAUGGAAUGGGCAAAAGCUCUUGAAAUAUAUAAGGAUGUAGCAGAAACAGCUGAUUUAGCAAAUUCAGUGGAAGAUUCAGAUGGAGUAUACUUUAUACCGGCGUUUACCGGACUUCAGGCACCAAUAAAUAAUCAUACUGCAGCAGCUGGUUUAUUAGGAGUAAAGUCUACGACGAACAAGGGCCAUAUCGUGCGAUCAUUGUUAGAAAGUCUUGUAUUCAGGACAUUGUUACUUUAUGAUAGUUUGCGUACUGAGACUUGUUUUACAUUUAAAAAAACACGAAUCGAUGGUGGAGUAUCUCAAAAUGAUUUCAUCAUGCAACUAUUGGCAGAUUUAACAGGUUUGGAAGUAGAACGACCUAUUAACGUGGAAAUGUCAAUUUUUGGCGUAGCGAUUUGUGCUGGCUUAUAUUGUGGUAUAUGGAGAAAUAAAGAGGAAUUAAUACAUCUUCGUAAAAUAGAUAAAGUAUUCAAGCCGAACAAGAAAUCACAAUUAUCUUAUGAAAACGUAAUUGCGCAAUGGAAACGAGCUGUGGACCGAUUUAAAGACUGGUACUGAUAUCAAUUGUAUUUGACUGUAGUUACGUAAAAAAAAAAAUGCAAUACUGAAUUAUUUUUGCAAUACGUUAAAAAUAUUGAUGCACUCUAAGAUAUUACUUAAGUGACAGUAUUUUAAAUAAGAAGUAUACAGUAAUCUUU